AAAAGCAGAUAAUCUGGGUUAAAAUUUGUACUAAAAGAAAGCUGACUUAUAAUAAUUAUUAAACUGAAUCUAAGACAGAGACAUUUGCCAGUAGAUAGAGACACAGAGUAAUGAGAAAGAAGGGAUACCAUUGAAAACUAUGAGACAUUAAAAUGCUUUAAACCUCAAACAGUAAGGUUGAAAAAUAAGGGCUCCGGUGUUAGCAGAGGCCCUUUUGAUAAUGUUUAGCGUGAGAUUCAUCUUACAAAUCUACAGUUAAUGUACAUGUUCAACCCAAACAAGAGGGCCACACAAAGUCAAGUCGGCUGGAUGAGUAAAAAUUGUAGACUGUGAUUUUUAUUUUCAGAGGCCAAACAUUAGACAUUUUUGCGGGCUCAAGAAGAGCCCGCAACCUAGUUUGCACGCCAUAUCUCGAUUUUGGAGGAAAUUUGUUCUGCCAAAAUCAAUCGAUAAAUCCUCGUAAACCAAUCAGAAUCCAGUUCCACACGAACAAGAAUAUUUUGAAAGAUGGCCGCCGAGACGGCCACUGUGCUAGAUCUUCAAAGCGACAGUUUUGCAUCAUUGAAGUGUUGAUGUACAUUUAAAAGAUUGAAAAUGGAAAGAAAAAGUUUUAAAGAAUACUCAGUUCUCGCUAUGAUGUCAAAAGAAGAGCAGCAACCGAUGAGAGGUUGUUUGGACGAUUCGAUGCGAACCGACAGUGGAACCGAAGUAGACGCACAUUAUUAACUUCGGGAUAACUAUUAUCCUCAAAUCUACCAUGUUCAUUUCACGUGAAUACUCGACAGAUAUGGCAAAUAUCGGACUUUGGCUGUCUUCACGUGAACAUCCGAAGACAUGUGCAACAGUAAUAUUACUGGAUUCGCAAGCGCAAGAAGUGGAUUUAGCUCUACUCGCAGCAGCCUUGUGGCAGCCUUACUCGAUACCGAUCCUGGCUAUAUUCACAAACUAUCACCAAUAAAGAAGGCAAAAUCAGGAAAUGAAUAUUCUACCUUUGACCUUCAAACAUCCAGUUCUAAAUUUACAAAAGUAGUUGGCUUCGAUCGUAAAAAUCAUCAACAGGCACUUCUGUUCCAGAACGCUGGUACACCAAUUCGAGUAAUAAAUGCAAACGAAAAGGAUAACAACAUAUUUGUUAACAACCACUCAACUAUUGUCAAGGCUAAUUCUGGUGAUAUUCACUUUGAAAGCACACAACCAUCAACUAAUGUGCCAAGGAACUCCAGCCUGCCACAUGGUAAUGCUAUUCAAAUCUCACUCAGUCAGGUUAACUCGUUAACCAGAAAUCAGAGAGUGAAUGUUAGAGGAACAAUCACAAUGGGAGAUGCUAAACCAAAAGAAGUAACAAAGAGAAAUGGAAACCCAGGCCUUGUUAAAGAGGACUGUGUCAUUGAGGACCAAACUGGUCAUACAACAAUCCACUUGUGGGAUGACAUGAUUGAAAAGUGCAAAAACUCAAACAGUUAUGAGAUCACAGAUCUAAGCAUUAAGAACUACAAUGGGCACACACAUCUUGGUUCAACAAGAGACACAACAAUCAAAGAAAUCAGCAUGCAUCUCGACAACCCUAAAGGACCACAGCUGGUUACCAAUAUCCAGAAAACAGUAACAAUAUAGGAAUUCAUCUUUACAGAUAAAGUGACUGUUUUCAUGACCUGCCAAAUCAACAGUUGUAAAAAGAAGAUGCCAUAUGUAAUUGAAUCUCCUGUGUUCACAUGCCCAAGUUGUGGCACAUGCCAGAAAGUCAAAGGGGCAAAAAAGGGUGCAACUGCUCGGUUAUGUGCUGAGAUCAAAGGCAAACAAGUGUGGCUUACAGCCUUCACUGAUGUGAUGGAGAAUUUACUAGCCAAAGUAAACUUAUCGAUUCAUGACACUUCGGAUAAAAUCAAAGAAGCCCUACUGACAGUGGAAAAUAUAACAUUAGUUAUUGAUUCUGUGUCAAACUUCAUCCUAGAAGUUAAAGAAAAUGAUGCAUGAAUUAUUUGUUUCAGACAAUAUUGUGUUAACUUAUGUUCUCUUUAAUAAGUAUCCUUUAGACAUUCAAAGCAAAAGGAAAUUGUUAUGGUUGACAACCAAAAAAAACAUUCUUAAAUGACAAUGCAAAUAUAACAUUAGUUAUUGAUUCUGUGUAAAGCUUGGAAGUUAAAGAAAAUGAUGCAUGAAUUAUUUACAUUAGCAGAAAAUAUUGUGUUGACUUAUGUUCUGUUGCAUAAGUAUCCUUAAGACACUCAAAGCAAAAGAAAAUUAUUAUGGUUGAUAAGAAAAUAACCACACUAUAAUGGCAAUGGAAAAUAUAACAUCACUUAUUGAUUCUGUAAAACGUCAUCUUCGGAGUUAAAGGAAAUGAUGCAUGAAUUAUUUGCAUUAGAAAACAUUAGUGUUCACUUAUGUUAUGUUGCAUUAGUAUCCUUUAGACAUUCAAAGCAAACGGAUAUAGUUAUGGUUCAUUUAAGAAAAAAAGAACAUCCUAAAAUGACAGUGGAAAAACUGUCUAAAAGUUUAUCUUAAAAGUUAAGAAGUUGAUGCAUGAAUUAUUUGCAUUAGAAGACACUAUUGUGUUGAUUUAUGUUCUCUUGCAUUGCUACAAAUCAGAAAUUAAAGAUAAAAAGAAAUUGUUAUGAUUGGUAAGAAACAAAAAUAUUCUACAUUGUAAACGGAAAAUAUAACAUUAAUUUGAGAUCUCUAGUAAAACUUCAUUUUGGAGGUUAAAAUUCUUUUGAUUUCUUUGCUAAAAACAUGUUACUUUUAAAGUAAAGUAAUAGAGUUGAAAUUCUCCAUGAAAAAUUCCUGAGCUUUUGUUCAAAUAAAAAUGUUUUGUUAUUAUGCUUGAUCUAUUGAUGACUCCUCUAAGUUACCCUACAGACACCAAUUUCAUUACUAAAAGCUUUCCCAAUAUCUUUAAGCUCACCAGGCCUUUAAUCCCAGUUCCUCCUAUACGGAAAUGAAAUAAUACACAGAUUCGUUCUUUUUAAGAUAACUAUAACUACCCAAAGUAAUAAACCCAUUUCAGUACCCAACAAAAGUUUUCUUGGAAAUCCCUCCACUCAAAAGUG